CCGACAAGGGAAAGGCAGAAAACCGCGGAAAAAUUCGGGGGCGACGGGGUAAACGCCAUGAAAAGUCGCUGAUUGGUGCGCGGGUAGCGGUCGUCGCCCCCUCGGCCUCCCUGGCCUUCGGCUUCGGCUCGGCCGGCUCUACUCCUGCCCUGCCCUGCCCUGCCGGCAAACGCAACAACACGAAGCGGGGCGUGGGGAGCGGUGCGGGUGCGGGGGGCGAGGAUCGAGGGCAACGUGGCCGUGGCGUGGCACGGCCGCGAGGGGGGAGGGCGCCUUUGCUUGCAGGAGAGAGCUGCUAUAAAAAGGCGCGCGAGAUCCAGAUCUGGGCCGAUGCGACCGCCCUCGCUGCUCUCCCUCACCCUCGACUCCGCGCUCCUCCGCAUCGCCCACAUCGCCGACCUCUCCCACCUCCCUGACCACCUCGUCAUCGACCUCUUCCGUAGAACCCUCAGUGCUGGUAAGCUGACAGAGAAAGUUCUCAAGUUGUUUCUGGCAACUGGCUGUGAGGAAAUCAUCUUGGCUGUUCAGUUGCUCAACAUUAAGCAGCCACUCGUACCAGUCCUCCCCACAAGUAUAAUUCAAGAUAGUGAGGUCGACAUUGUGAUUGCGGCACUCCAGCCCAACCUGACCACUUUCUUUGAGGCAUGGCGGCCAUUUUUCUCUCGUUUCCACAUCAUUGUUGUCAAAGAUCCAGACAUGGCAGAGGAUCUUCAAAUCCCUACAGGUUUUGAUCUCAAGGUUUACACCAAGUCAGAUAUUAAUGGGGUGCUUGGUUCCUCAUCCAUAAACUUCUCUGGUCACUCAUGCCGUUACUUCGGGUAUCUUGUCUCACGCAAGAAGUAUGUGAUUUCAAUUGAUGACAAUUGCCUCCCAGCGAAGGACACUGCUGGGUUGACUGUUGAUGCUGUUGCACAGCACAUGGCCAAUCUGAAAACACCUGCUACACCUUUCUUUUUCAACACACUCUAUGAUCCAUACCGGAAAGGUGCUGACUUUGUCCGUGGUUACCCAUUCAGCCUGCGUGAGGGAGUUGAGUGCAUGCUCUCAUGUGGUUUGUGGAUGCAUAAUGCUGACUACGACCCAAUGACUCAUGUUGUGAAGAGAAAUCAACGAAACACAACCUAUGUGGAUGCUGUGAUGACAGUUCCGCUUGGUGCGAUGCUGCCUGUGAGUGGGAUAAAUGUUGCAUUCAACCGCGAUGUGCUGGGGCCUGCUAUGUUCCCAGGCCUGCGUCUCCGAAAGGAAGGGAAGCACAGAUGGGAUACUCUUGAAGACAUAUGGAAUGGCUUAUGUGCUAAAGUAGUUUGCGACAGCUUGGGAUAUGGUGUGAAGACUGGACUGCCUUAUGUGAUGAGAAGUGAUGCAGAAGCAGGUAAAGCUCUGGAGAGCUUGAAAGAUUGGGAAGGCGUAAAAAUCAUGGAUGAUGUUCUUCCAUUCUUCCAGUCGCUCAAGCUAUCUAGGACUGCAGUUACUGUUGAUGAUUGUGUUAAGGAGCUAGCUGGAAUUGUCCGUGAGAAGCUAGGACCCAAGAAUGCAAUCUUCACCAAAGCAGCCGAUGCUAUGGUGGAAUGGAACAACCUCUGGAAAGCACAUGGAGCUCAGAAUGCGUAGAUUGGAGUUUGCGUGUCACCUACAGAGCAUCUAUAAUUGUUUGGAAUACUUGUUUUUCAGUUUAAAAUUUUCCUUGUGGAACUCAUGAAGCUGAAAUAAACAACAGUCCUGUAUGCCGUGAAUUUGGCAUGAGUCGUUGAGCAUCUCAUUGUAUACGCUUAAGAAUUAUGUAAUGUAAUGCAUCUUUUGAACCUGU